AUGCAGGUCCAGCUCAUGGAAAUUCUUUCUCACAUCACACCCGGGCUUGUCCCAUGCAUCUUUGCUUACCUGAACUACCAUGUUCCCCGGACAAGACGGGAGAUCCUGGAGACCCUUAUCAAAGGGCUCCAGCGGCUGGAGUACAGAGGCUAUGAUUCUGCAGGUGUGGGCAUCGAUGGCGGAAACGACAAAGACUGGGAAGCCAAUGCUUGCAAAAUCCAGCUUAUCAAACAGAAGGGGAAGGUGAAGGCUCUGGACGAAGAGGUUCACAAGCAACAGGACAUGGACCUCGACAUCGAGUUUGAUGUGCACCUCGGAAUCGCCCAUACCCGUUGGGCUACCCACGGCGAGCCCAGCCCUAUCAACAGCCACCCGCAACGCUCGGAUAAAAACAACG